AUUCCCUGCCGGACUGGUCACACUGCGCGAAAUUUUCAACAGCCGGCGCUGCCCAGCACUGAAAUUGGACGCAUAGCUGGACGGGAUCAGGAUACGGAGACGGAGAAGGAUUCGGAUGCAACCAUGAGCUUGCCCAGCGCCAGCAGCAGCAGUAGCCAUGCACACGCCCUAGCAGCGUCGCCCGUUUACAGCAAUAACACCAGCAGUAAGUCGAGUGCAGGCAACAAGACCUCGAAGACAUCGUCAAAAAACGAUUUGUUACGCUGCGCCGUAGGCCUGCUGUUAAAACAGAAAAAUUACGUGAGCCACGAACGUUUUCGCCGCUCCGACUUUCUUCUGCUACAAAACAAACAACAGUUUGCCGUCGACAAAAUGUUGGAUUCGGAUUUGCAUGGAGGCAAUAGCUUCACGUAUUCCAACGUUCAGGUCAUUACCAACAACCAGCACACGGUGGACCAGCAGUUCGGACGCUUUUCCGCGUUUGUUGAGUCCCAAACAGAGUCACUCCGUUCGGAGAUGAAGCGUUUCUAUGGACCUAUGUUGUGUCACUUUUAUCUGGACCUACUGAAGGCUCGUGAACCACGGGGAGCUGUGGAUCUGCUUCGCAAGUAUGCUCAUCUAGUGGCACCUGUGGAUUUAUACGACGCAACCCCACCCACCAAAAUCAAUGGCUGCUCGACAGCGGCCACUGAGAAUACCCUACACAUACGAUUUGCGCGGGAAGCUCAGGACACCGGCGACACAGAGUUGGACUACUUUAUGCGCCUGGUACAGAUCCUGAGUGGCUGCACUAGGCUGGAAACGGCCGAGGCCGAUGACACGGUGGCUCAUUUCCGGUCAUCCAAGUACGAGCUGCAUACCUCGGCUCAGGUGGUAGAUAGGAUUUGUUCGUAUCUCCAGCGGCGGGGCCAUGUCUUGAUCAUGAACCUGCUAUACACCUGGCUGCAUGUUCAUAUCGUUGAGAACGAGCAGCGUACCUUUACCGAGGAUCACUUGCUGGGCCUAACGGACGAACUGGAUGGCGAAGAAGCCGAAGAGGAAGUCGUGCAUGUGGCUCCCCCGCUAAUAGUGCACUCCCGGGUGCAGGAUCACAAAUCCAGUAAGUCCAGUAGUGAAAAGUCCAACCGAAAGCGACCCGCUGAGGAGUCGGUCGUAAAACUGGAAUCUGAAAUCAAGCAAGAGGUGAACCCGGAUGAACCUCCUACGACUAGCAAAUCCCAGCUUAAUGUAGAAGCCUGCCUGGAAAACCUCAAAUCUGCAACCACACACAUACUCAAAGCUCAAGUGGAGCUUCCACGAUUUCUCAGAAUAUGUGAACGUACCCGGGGCCUGUCCGCGGCGCAUUUGGACGCCGGCGAAUGCCACAUGGUGGCUGGUUUUAAUAACUCCGCUGUACAGGUGUGGCAACUGAAUCAGCAAAGCUGUCGGGGAAAGAGUCUCUACAGACGCUACCCCGAAAGGCAGUGCCCCUGGGAAUUGAAUAACUGCACAGAUACGGAAACGGAAGAGGAGGACGACGAGGAACAGGACACAAAGUGCUCUGAGGAGGAGCGAAAGGAACGAAACAGAGCGAGACAUUGCAAGUAUAACGACAACUCCUACAACGAAUAUGGAGGCCUGCAACUCCGUGGACACACGAGAGGUGUCACCGAUGUGCGCUUCUCGGCCCACUACCCCCUUAUGUACAGUGUAUCCAAAGACGCUACCAUGCGGUGCUGGCGGGCGCAUAACCUUCAGUGCGCCGCCAUCUACAGAAGUCACAACUACCCGAUCUGGUGCCUGGAUGAGAGUCCCACAGGUCAGUAUGUGGUAACUGGAUCCAAGGAUUUAAGUGCCCGCCUAUGGUCGCUGGAGAGAGAACAUGCGCUCAUAAUCUACGCAGGACACACGCAGGACGUGGAGUGCGUUUCCUUUCAUCCUAAUGGCAACUAUAUAGCCACCGGAUCGGCAGAUCAUUCAGUGAGGCUGUGGUGUGCCACCAGCGGAAAACUUAUGCGCGUUUUUGCGGAUUGCCGGCAAUCAGUCACUAAGCUGGCCUUCAGCCCGGAUGGCAAAAUGCUGGCCGCCGCUGGCGAGGAGACAAAGGUGCGCAUCUUCGACCUGGCCGCGGGAGCGCAGCUGGCUGAGCUCAAAGACCACACAGCCAGCGUUAGUUCCCUCACGUGGAGUGCGCACAACCAGCACCUGGCCACGGCCUGCAGUGAUGGCAGUCUGCGGUUGUGGGACAUUAAGAAGCUCUCUCCAAUGGGGGAAAGCAACAGCGCUGGGAGCUCCUCCUCGUCAUCAUCAACUACAACGAAUCGUGUGCUAACUCUCAAUAGUUCCUGCCAGCGUCUGGUGAAUGUGUUCUACGGGCGCAGCAAGACGCUCUACUGCAUCGGCACCUGAAUCGUUUUGGAAUUAAACUGAAAACCCGAAACUGCUACCGAAGAAGCAGACUGCAUGAAGAUGGUUUAUGUUUGAAAAUAAUUUAUUUGUAAUAAGUCUGUAAAAUAUUACUGUUACAAUCGUGUGAAACAA